GAAAGUCAUGGAAAGGCAGAGGAGAGAACGACGGAAGCAAGAAGCAGCAUUUUCUGCGAGCGGAAACGAGAAGGCCGCUGAGAGAGAAGUAGCGGACGACAUGGACAAUUUCAGCCGCGACGCCUCCGGCGAUACCAACAAACUCGUCAAGCUCGAGGAUCUCCUGCUCGCGCAGCCUUCGCUUUUGCUUGCUGGGAGCAAUCACGCAGUACCAACGUCUGGCAGCAACACUGCAUCUUCGUCGGCCUCUUCUGGCACACGAGAAUCAGGCACAGGUCAAUUCCAAGUAGACCUUCAUCGCGACGCCCCGCCCACCGCAAAAGACCUGAGCCUGAUCUGUAACAGCUUUGCCAAAGUGAAUCGGCGGAUGGCGGCUUUGCCCAUUUUGCGAGCGAUAGCGGAGUACGCGAUGCCUUUGUAUGUGCACGGAACGCUGGAACCGAAGUUAACAAGGUUUUUAAAAGAGAAAGAGCAGAAAAUGAU